AUGUCUUUCAGUGAUAUUAAGACAAACCUUGAAUGGAUUUCUGCUUUGUCAAUUGAUAAUAUCAAGGAGAAUAUACGAAAAACCUCAAUUAUCUGCACUAUUGGUCCAAAAACCAAUAACCUUGAAAGUAUCAAACAACUGCGUAAUGCCGGAAUGAACAUUGUUCGAAUGAACUUUUCACAUGGUUCUCACGAAUACCACAAAUCUGUUAUCGAUAACACGCGUGAAAAUGCGAGACUGUACCCCGGUAGACCUGUCGCUAUUGCUCUUGAUACGAAAGGACCUGAAAUUCGAACUGGUGUUAUGCGUGAUAAUGUUGAGCUUCCAAUUUCUGCAGGACAUGUAAUGAUUUUUAGUACAAAUGAUAAGGACGCUGAAUGCUGUGAUUUAAAUGUAAUGUAUGUUGAUUAUAAAAACAUUACCAAAGUAAUCGAGGUCGGAAAGAGAAUUUACGUAGAUGAUGGAGUACUUUCAUUCGAAGUACUUGAAAUUCAUGAAGAUCAUGUUAAAGUAAAAGCCUUGAAUAAUGGUAAAUUAUGUAGCAAGAAGGGAGUUAAUUUACCUAAUACUAAUGUAGACUUACCGGCAGUUUCGGAGAAGGAUAAAAGUGACAUAAUAUUUGGGGUGGAGAAUAAAGUUGACAUGAUAUUUGCAUCAUUUAUUCGCACCGGACAAGAUGUUUGUGAUAUUAGAAAGAUUUUAGGCGAAGAAGGGAAAUCCAUUAAAAUCAUUUCCAAGAUUGAAAAUCAACAAGGUGUAAAUAAUUUUGAUGAGAUCCUUAAGGAAUCUGAUGGUAUUAUGGUAGCUCGUGGUGAUCUAGGUAUUGAAAUACCCGCUUCUCAUGUUUUCGUUGCCCAAAAGAUGAUUAUUGCUAAAUGUAACAUCGCUGGUAAACCUGUCGUUUGCGCCACACAAAUGCUCGAGUCCAUGACUUUCAAUCCAAGACCUACGCGAGCUGAAGUCAGUGAUGUUGCCAAUGCUGUACUAGAUGGUGCCGACUGUGUCAUGCUUUCUGGUGAAACGGCCAAGGGAUCUUAUCCCAUUCAAGCUGUGCAAAUGAUGCAUGACACAUGUGUCAUUGCUGAAUCAGUAAUUUGUUAUCCACCUUUAUUUAAUGAAUUAAGAGCAAUGGCACCUACACCAACAAAAACAACAGAAACAGUAGCAUCGGCCGCGGUAUCCUCUGCACAUGAACAAAAUGCUGGAUGUAUUCUAGUGUUAUCAACAAGCGGCGAUACGGCAAGACUUGUAUCAAAAUAUCGUCCAAGAUGUCCAAUCAUUACAGUGACAAGGAUUGAACAAACCGCAAGACAAAUUCAUCUUUCUAGAGGAUGCUAUCCUUUUAUUUACGAUCAACCUAGGAUUGAUGAUUGGCAGGAAGAUGUCGAAAAUAGAAUUAGAUGGGGUAUACAUCGUGCUUCUGAACUCAAGAUACUAAAAAGUGGUGAUCCUGUUAUUGCUAUUCAAGGUUGGAAAGGAGGUCUCGGAAAUACCAAUACAUUGCGUAUCUUAGCUACUCCUUGA